AUGUUAUUUAUGGCAUUGUUUUCAAUUGUUGUUCUUACUAUCAUUCGAUUUCAUUUAUCAAAAGAAAAUAAAAAAUUUAAAAAAGAAUAUAUGGCUUUACUUAUUAAUUCUAAUAAAAUGAUUGAAAUGAUGAUUCCAAUAAAUGAACAAAGACAAAAAUCAAUUGAUCAAUAUACAACACAAAUUCAAACAGAAACAUUUCAUCCAUGUUUUGAAACAAAUCAGGAUUUUUAUGAAUCAAUUUUAUCUAUGAAUGAUAUUCAUCAUUUUCCAGUACGUGAAACAAUUUUUCAAUUGUGUCCUAAAUCGAUACCUCAGAUGGUUACAAACUUAAAUGAAGAAAAUCAUUCAGAUGAACAGGAAAUUAAAUUUAUUUAA